UGGCCCCCAACCCGGAGGGGCGGCCGAGGCUGCAGCACUUCUGGCUGCUUAUCAGUUUCUGGUGAACCGGUUACUGGUUACUCGGUUUCUGGGCGAACAGCUACUCGGCCCGCACAAGGGGCCUCUGGGGUCACAUGGCCCUGGAGCCCUCACACCCCCUCCACUGCUGGUCUCCCGGGCAAUUAAGAUUGUCAUCAACAACCCCAAUGCAGGAGAAUCAUCGGGUUUUCUAAAGCGCUGGCUCAGAACCGGCCGUUGCUGGUGGGGCCUCCGACCACAGGCCACAGCCCUGUUCCCCCUUUCCUGGACGUUGGGAGGGGUGCGGCCCACUGGGCUCUCCAGGGACAUACCUGCCUGUGACAGCCAUGGGGCUUGGGGUGGGGGACUGGGGCCGCCUGCUGCUGACGGUGACCGCUGCCCUGACACUGCCCAUGAAGCCCCCAGGCUCCUGGGGGGCACAGAUCAUUGGGGGCCAUGAGGUGACCCCCCACUCCCGGCCCUACAUGGCAUCCGUGAAGUUCCAGGGCCAGCACCACUGCGGGGGCUUCCUGCUGCGAGCCCGCUGGGUUGUGUCGGCUGCCCACUGCUUCAGCGGCCGAGACCCUGGGACAGGCCUGGUAGUGCUGGGGGCCCAUGCCCUGCGCACUGUGGAGGCCACACAGCAGGUGUUCAGCAUCUCCGCUGUCAUCACGCACCCGGACUACCAGCCCACCACGCACAACAGUGACAUCUGUCUGCUGCAGCUGAAUAGCUCUGCCACACUGGGUCCUGCAGUGGGACUACUGGGGCUGCCACAGAGGGGCGCCAGGCCUCCCCGGGCCGGGACGCGCUGCAAGGUAGUCGGCUGGGGCUCCGUGUCCGACUUCGAGGAACUGCCGCCCGGGCUGAUGGAAGCCGAGGUCCGCGUGCUGGGGCUGGACGCCUGCAACAGUUCCUGGAAGGGGCAGCUGAGCCCUGCCAUGCUCUGCACCCACAGUGGGGACCGCCGGCGACGUGGCUUCUGCUCGGCAGACUCUGGAGGACCCCUGGUAUGCAAAAAUCGGGCCUAUGGCCUCGUCUCCUUCUCUGGCCUCUGGUGCGGGGAUCCCAAGACGCCCGACGUGUACACACAGGUGUCCACCUUCGUGACUUGGAUCUGGGAUGUGAUUUGGCAUGGCCCCCAGCCCAGGACCACUGGGGGUCAGCAGGCGUUGUCUGAACCACAGCAGCACCGGGUACACCACCGAGAUGGCAAACGAUACAAAUAGCUCCGGCCUGGAAAACUCUGAGGCUGGAGCAGAGGGUCCAUGAGCCCCUAAACCCCAAGAAGCCUGGUGUCAGGGUGGGUAGGGGGCGUCAGUUCCCAACAAAAGGGCAAAAUAACAAUAAAGUGUUAACUGACUCA